UGUGCAGAUUUGGUGCAGAUAAUUAAAUUUUAGCAAAUUAACUUCAUUUUAUCACUGAAAAGGUGUAUCAAAAUGCUAAAAAAUGACGAAACCUUUGAAUUUGAAAACGUUAACGGUGUUGCUUUGUGUUUAAAAAUGGAUUCGAGGAAAGGUUCACCAAAAUCGAAACAUUUUACUAUAUCUUACAAAAACAAGGAAAAGAAAUCUCCCUGGCCGAAAAUAUCGCUACUAUUUGCAGUAUUGUUUAAUAUUGUAGCUCUCAGUUAUGUACGAAUAAGUAUAACUGCGAUAUCUGUGAUAGUAAUUGUGUUAUCAUUUUUACUAUUCUUUUGGAUUACGCACAGUGUUCAGUCAGAGAGCCUGCUAGUGAUUCCUACAGUGGGAAUACAAAGUUCUGUAAAAUAUGUUUAUGGCCGGGAAGACCACUUUGUGCCUUGGUCUAGUAUCGAUGAUGUAAUCAUUAAUGAAGUCCUCAAACUGAAUCGUGUGCUGUACUUCCUAACUGUGUUGGUGAAGUCUAGUGGACAAGCAAAUGAUAAUGAGAAUGUUAGACUCAUUCCACUAUUUAAGUAUACGAAACCAAGACUAGUGAUGCUGGAGAAGAUAUAUUCAGAACUCCAGACACUCUUGGUGGAAACCCGAAUGGAAGGACCAGCGAUGGGUUCCGGAGACACCGGUUGAUAGUCCUUGUUGUAACCUUCUUGGUUUGUUGACUGUUCCACCUUUGAUUAACCAAAGAAUCUUAGACUUUAGGUUGAUAGUACCUAAUUAGUUGUUUAUUUAUUAAUCAGUGACAUAUUAGUAAUUUAGUAUAACCAUGACACCUCAAAAUAAUUUAUGUUGUUUGCUAUACACAAACAGAUUUUCCAGUCUUCAUUUUGAGUUAUACCCGUCAUUUUCUUAUCCGCUGAAAAGGAAAGGGAUGGAUGAUUGACAAUUGUUAAUUUUAAAUGAAUGAAUAACCCGGGCGAAUAAAAUAGGCAUCUCGCUGAUAUGAUGCACCCCGUUUGAUGUGUGCUGUCAACUUAAUUCUGUCGGGUUAUUGGCCAAUAUAAAAUUUUGGGAGGAAUUUUUAAAUUUCUGCCUAAAAUUGAUGUGUUCCAUAAAUUUCAUGCCUGUCGAUUAACUGUCCUUUUCUUUUUCGGCGGAUAAGAAAAUGACAGGUGUAAUUUAAAAUAAAAACAGUUGGUGUCUACAAAAGUUAGCACCAUUGUUAUUACAAAACAAAGACUAAAAGUUAAACUAGGUUUAAAAUACAGUCUGGGUCACGAAAGAAGUCCCGCGACCGCGGUGCUAAUGUCGCAGAUUCUGCAUAGAAUGAAGGUCUUCCCAGGCUGUUCGUCAAAAUCAAUAUAGAUGGCGCUGUACAGCUUUCUCUUCGUUUAACCUUAAAUU